UGCGCUCUGACCCCAGCUUCCAGAUGAGUUGGGAUAUGCGAAAACCUUUUAAUUGCAUAUGUACAGUAGCUCAAUAUUUUGUCCCCCAUCAGGUUUACACCUUUCUGGUCAGUAGUGGCACAGUGUGUAAGUAACUGAAAGCAUAGUGUGUGCAAUAUUUUGCAUUCCUCAUGAUGAUAUAAGCCUACUUAAUGCAACAAGAACUGCAAUUUGAUUUAUACUUCUACUGGAAUAAAAAUUGCAACUGAGUCAAAACAGUUCUGAUUAUAAUUCUCAAUUCAAAUAUUUGUGUGUUGAACUGCAUUGAGUGUACCAUGCUGUGAGCAAAAACCAAAUUAAAUCAAUUCCACUACAUGACUAUUACUAUUUAUAUAUCACUAUGUUUGUGUUGACAGAAAGCCUGAGGCAGUACAAGACUCUAGCAUGUUAACGGCUGUGGCGUUUCGCUUUGAAGACAUUCUUUUGUGUGAUCGUUGGUUUUAGGUCCGCCCCCUCGCCUGUUCUCAAGUAGGUCCUGUGGAGAGAGAAUAAAUAGGCGGGCAUUGCGCGGGGCUUCUUUAUUGAGCAGCUUGACUUUGUGAGAGCAGCACCAUGUCUGGAAGAGGAAAGGGUGGCAAGGGACUCGGCAAAGGAGGCGCUAAGCGCCACCGUAAGGUUCUGCGCGAUAACAUCCAGGGUAUCACUAAGCCGGCUAUCCGCCGUCUGGCUCGCCGUGGUGGUGUUAAACGUAUAUCCGGUCUGAUCUACGAGGAGACUCGUGGUGUACUGAAGGUGUUCUUGGAGAACGUCAUCCGCGAUGCAGUCACAUACACCGAGCAUGCGAAAAGAAAGACCGUCACCGCUAUGGAUGUGGUGUAUGCCCUGAAACGCCAGGGAAGAAGGGCUCCAAGAAGGCUCCACAUCAGGGCUGGACUCAACGCUAUGGCAAGAACUAAGCAGACUGCCCGUAAAUCCACUGGUGGCAAGGCGCCCAGGAAGCAGCUCGCCACCAAGGCUGCUCGCAAGAGCGCUCCGGCUACCGGCGGCGUGAAGAAGCCUCACCGUUACAGGCCCGGCACCGUGGCUUUGAGAGAGAUCCGUCGCUAUCAGAAGUCUACUGAACUGCUCAUCCGCAAGCUGCCCUUCCAGCGCCUGGUGAGAGAAAUUGCUCAAGACUUCAAGACUGACUUGCGUUUCCAGAGCUCCGCUGUGAUGGCUUUGCAGGAGGCGAGCGAGGCAUACUUGGUCGGCCUGUUCGAGGACACCAACCUGGCAGUGGUAGUCCACACCAUGUCUGGAAGAGGAAAGGGUGGCAAGGGACUCGGCAAAGGAGGCGCUAAGCGCCACCGUAAGGUUCUGCGCGAUAACAUCCAGGGUAUCACUAAGCCGGCUAUCCGCCGUCUGGCUCGCCGUGGUGGUGUUAAACGUAUAUCCGGUCUGAUCUACGAGGAGACUCGUGGUGUACUGAAGGUGUUCUUGGAGAACGUCAUCCGCGAUGCAGUCACAUACACCGAGCAUGCGAAAAGAAAGACCGUCACCGCUAUGGAUGUGGUGUAUGCCCUGAAACGCCAGGGACGCACUCUUUACGGCUUCGGCGGCUAAAUGCUUACCUACCAAAUAACGUGAACACAACGGCUCUUUUAAGAGCCACC